CAAAAUCGAAAAAUAAUUUUCGAUAUAGUAAUUCGAUUAAGAAUUUUGCUUUAUCGUUGUAUAUUUUGGGUGGUAAAUUGACCUAUGAAUUUCUUAGAUUAAAUUUACCUGGAUCUUUACCACAUCUAUCUUUAUUAAAUUCAUUGAUUUCAAGUUCAGAUUCAAGAAUCAGUGAAGGAGAAUUUAGAUUCGAUCAACUUCACAAACAUUUUGAUAGUCUUAAUGUGCAAUAUGCAUUCGGCUCUAAAGAUUGUACUGGUAUAGUUAAAAGAAUUAAAUAUGAUUCAAAAACAAAUACAUUUACUGAAUUUCCUUCAUUACUUGAUCGUGGAGUGCCAGUUAAAUCAUAUUAUCAGACUGACUCACCAGUGCAAUCCACGGAUAAUAGCAGCAUACCAAGUCCUUAUCUAUUAUCAGCAUAUGGAAUUGACAAUAUUGCAACAGCGAACGAUAUAUUGCAGAGAUGGUGGUAUAUAUUAUUUAAUCAAUCCUUACAAAGAAAUGUCAGAAUCAUUGGUUUUUCUAGUGACGCGGAUCCAAAAUAUUUACCUGCUAUGCGUUUAAUGAGCGGUUUUCUUGGAGCUCUUCCGAAUUUUCAAGUUCACCAGUACCCACAAGCAUUUCAAAUAAAAAUAAGAUCACACUGGUCUUGGUUUUAUCUGGGUGAACAACAAUUAUUAUUAUUUUUUCAAGAUCCGACACAUUUGGUAACCAAAUGGCGUAAUCGUUUAUUAUCAGCAACAGCAGAAUUAUGUCUUGGAAAUCAGUCAAUAUCGAUCAAUUAUUUGCAUGAUAUUAUUGAAAAUGAUACUUAUUCUAAACUUGAUCAUGGUCUAUCAAAAUCUGACAUUAACCCUAAAUAUCGUCAAAACUUUAGUUCUUGUUUGAAAUUAACAUCAAAUGAUCUAUUCAAUAUUUUAAAUGCUACUGCUGAUACUCGUGGAACCUUGCUUUAUUUUCAAGUGUUAAAAAUGAUUAUAGUAGCCUAUAUUGAAAAAACGACAACAAUAGUUGAAAGUGAGUACUUAUGCACGCUAGAUUACAUAUAA